AUGAAUGAUCAACGAACUUUAGCAUUAAAAAGUUUUGAUUUGAGGCAAGGAACUCUAUCGUUGACAUCACCAAGGAUUAUGACCUUAUCAUUUGGAGGAAUCUUUUGGAUAAGAUGGCAUAGAUUGUGUAACCGGCACCAGUUAUUGUCACCGGCACCGGCACCGUCUUCUACUGUUCUCUUUAUCAAGCACAAUUCCGGGUGUAAAGAGGACGGCUACCAUCCUCAUAAAGAUGAAGUUCAAUUGAAAGCAGCAAUGCGGUCUAUGAAGCAAACAAUACUUUCCUUGGAAAAAGAUGGCUUGGUUCUUUAUGAUAUCGCCGAAAAAGACCAUCAUUUCUAG